AUGAAAUCGAAGACGAAAAGAAUCAAUUCGACUUUGAGAGGAGUUGCAAGAUCUACGAGAGCAUCCCCUUCAACUCAAAUACUAAUUACCAAGCUAGGCAUAACUCUAUAGCCAAUGGAUAGACCUAAUGAAGAGCAUAUGAACAAGAGUCCUCUAGGGGCUAGCAUGAUGAUGAGCAUGUCCAAAAGUUUCUUAGCACAGUCUUUCGUAGACUAGCCAAAAUCCAAGCAUAAAAAAUCUACUUCGAAACUGACUCCAUACUAAAGCUUUGUCGAAGGAAACCAUUUAUAAAGCAUCUCACCUUUACAACACUAUGAAUCUUAUAUGAAUAAGCAAAUCCAUAACUAAGAUGAAAAUUAUGUGAGUUCAGACGAUGCUUGUGAUGAUAUUUCAGAUAAUUUUAUAACAAGGGAUAUUGAUCAAGUCUCAUUAUUGAAUUAGUCCAACCUUUAAUUCUUAAGUUAGGAUUAAAAUAAUCUUAGAAGUCAGACAAAAUCAGUAGAACCAGAUAUUGGCAACAGUAAUUACUACAAAAGCAAUAAAAUUCAUGGUGAAAAAUCUUUUGAUCGUAGUCUAAGCAAAAUUACCAUCGAUUCAAAGACUCUUAUAUCAAACAAGUCCUAAGUGAAUCUUGAUAAGAUGUCAAAGGCUUAAAAUGAGAAAUUAGCUAAUCGAUAAUAGGGUAAUCCAUUCAGUAGAUUAUAUAAUUAAGCCGUUAUCUAAUAAAACAUCCACCAACUCAAACGAGAGUUCAUGUAUCAGCUAGAAGAAACUCAAAGAGUGAAGUAAUCUAAGCCAAAGAUAAAUAAAAAGAGUGAGAAGAUGAUUUGUGAUGUUUAUGAUAACAACAAUGUCGAGGAUAUACUUUACUAAGACCAUUUAAGAAGGAUGAAAAAUAAGUAGUACUAUCAAUAAAAUGCAAGAGAAGAAAUUGAAUAGAAAGCUAAAUAAAAAAAGAUCAACAAAAAUUCCUAACAACUUGCUUAAAAUAGAAUUAAAAAAUUAGUAGAGCAUGUAGUAAGCUAAUUUAGUAAAUAGUCUGAUGGUUACAUUAAUUUUGACUAAUUGCAAAUGAUCCUGGAUAAAUUAGGAGUAUUUAGAUCUUUAUAAGAGUUAAACAUUCUCAAACAAAAAUUCCAGGAAAAUCCUUAAUUAAUCAAGCAUCAGUAAAUUAGAUUAUAAACACUUGAGAAUAAGUAUUUUGAGGAGUUAUACAUCAUUAAGCAGUUAUGGAAUACCUUGAAUCCAUUUCUAUUUGAUGAUAUAAAUUCAGAACUACUAAAGGAGGUGUUAGUCCUGCUCAUUGAUUAGUAUUAACUCAGGAGUGACAAGAUAAACCAACUUUCUGAUAUCGUGACUUUGAUUAAAGAUAUGAAAUAUGAAAAUGAAUUCGAUAUAGAUCUGCAAUAAAACUUAUUCAGAAAUAAAAAUAAAAAGGUUCAUGAAAAUUGGGACAUAGAAAAGUUGCUUAAAACUUUUGAAAAUCUAAGGGAUCAUAAUGUUUUUUUAAAGAAUUUACUAUAGGAAAAGUAAAAGACUACUAAGUAAGAGAUUUAUAAGGAUUGCACUUUUAAGCCAGUCAUAAAUAACAAAAUAUAAUAAAAAGAAAAUGUUCCCAGACAUGAUGUAAUGAAUCCUGAUGGAUCAUUAUUAUUUAUUGCUGAGGAGGAAGAGUCAGCACAUUCAAAAACUCUAACUUAAACAAUAAGUAGACUAAAUCUAAACUAUCAAACUAAAGCUAGAGAUAAAGCAAUGGCUAUAGUUAGAACUGACUAGCUGUAUAAGAAAGCAUAGGAGUAACAAUAGAAGAGAUAAUAGUUAAAGGAAAUAUCAAUUGAAAAUGAACAAUAACAGUGUAGCUUUAGGCCUUAAAUCAAUAAUGAUUUCAAAAUGUCAUAAAAUUACAAUAAAUCUCUUGAAAGACUCACCUAGAAAUAGGCGUCAAUAAAGACAGCAAGAAAUAGACCUUCAGAAAUAUAGUAAUUCAAUGAAUGUACCUUUAGACCAUAGAUUUCGAAGGUCCCUGCAAAUCACAAGAAAACUUAAUCACUUUCCAUAAAAGGUUAUGAAGAAAUUGUAGAAAGAUUAAGAAGAGCUGGUAGUAUUCCAAAAUUAAAAGCUUUCCAGGAGACAUUAAGAGAUACCACUUAAAUCGAAUAAUAUCAAUCAAAUUAGAGCAGGUCCAGACUUAAUGAUAAAAGCUAAAAUAGAGACAAGAGCAAAGAUUAAUAAAAAUAAAAGGAGACUUCGGUGAGAGCAUUAGAUUUCAGUAAAAAUGUAAAGACUAAUCUUUCGAAUAUUAUUCAAGAAGAUGAAGAGGAUGAACCCUAUUUGAUCAUUGACGUCUAAGUUGAACAAGAAAAGUAACCAUUAUUAGAUUUUAAACCACUUAAAUAGUAUUCAGCAAAUCAUGCUAAGGAAAAGCUAAAAUUUAGGCUAAACAAUUCAGGAAUUUUGCUAAAUGAAUAGAAUUUAUGA